AUGGAAUUAGAAAAAACAUUACAUAGAGUCUAAGAAAGAAUUUUGACUCAUUAAUGUGCACCUUAAAUUAUGAAUAUUUGCAGUAAGAUUUUAUUGAGCAUGGUAUCAAUUAACUUACUUAUAAUCUGGGGAUUGAGUAAUAGAACAAUUAAUUAAAUAUCAUUUGAUCAAGAGACUAAAGAUAAUAUCUAUCAUUUCUCAAUUAUAGAUGAGGAUAAUACAAUGCUAAUGAUGAAAUAUGCUAAAACUUAAGAAUUAUUGCAUUUAAAAACAGAAUUACUUCAAUCACACAAUUUCACAAUAAUUAAUAUUUCUAUAGAUUAUAAUAACUACUUUGAUAGUAAUUUAUAAAAACUACUUUCUUUAACUACAAAUCUAGAAACUUUAUUCUUACAUGAUAUUGCAUACUCAAUCUAAUCAGAUAUUUAUGUUAAAAAUAAUGCAACAAAUUAAACAUAUAUUUGGAAAGAAAAAAGAGCUCCUUAGAAUUAAUUAGGGAAAAUAAUUUAGCAUUUAUGGGAAUUUUCAAUUAUUACCUUUGGGUUGUUCAUUUCUUCUGCUAUUUCAUCACUCUAUAUAAAAAUCACUAUUAUUUGUGCUCCAGUCAUCAUAAUCAUAAUGCGUAAUAAAUAUUUAUAUGAUAAAUUUUAGUUGAAGUAUCCUAUCUCUUUGGAAAUAGAUAAAUAUUCCCAAUAUUUUUAGCACGUGCAUUCCCUUGGAUAGGAUUAUAUUUAAAUAUCCUUGAUAGAACAUAAAGAUCAAAGAAAUAACUAAUUAUAGCUUUUGCUUUAAUGCUGUUUUUAAUUUAUUUUAUCUAUCUAUCCUCAGUAAUUAUAGGAGGCUUUUUAUUAUUCAAAAGUCAGGUUCCCUUUAGUUUGGAAGACAACUUUUUUGGGUAUCCUUUUAUAUUCAAUUCUAAAGUUUAGUUACUGUAAAUGAGUUUGCCUCAUUAUUGUUUUUGAGAACGAGAUCUUCUUUGUAUUUUGUACCAAAAUUCACCAUUAUAUAUUAUUACUUAUUCCUUUGGUAUGUUCAAUCUACAAGUAAAAAUUUGAUAAUUAAUAUUAGAUUAUGGUUUCUAUUCAUUAGCAAUGCUUACAUUAUCAUAUGUAUGUUUAGGAACAUUUUGUCUAUUCAUUUAUCUUUAUGAAAUUCCUAGUUUAGGAUGGAAUCCACUUUCAUAUUAUACACCAACUAUUGAUAGACCACGUUGCUACUAUUUACCAGUAUUUUCAUUGAAUUGGGUUAAUGAUUUACCAUAGUUAUGGUCAAUGUUUUAUCCACUGCAUGGAAGAAGGUAUAUCUUUAUUUAAUUAAUAGAUAUUUUCAAAUUUAAAAUUUAGCAUUAGUAGAUAGAAACUUUCCACUUCUCAACAAUCUCUUAGAUAUUGAAAUGUAAGAAUAAUAAUGA